GCCGCAGCCGCCUGCUCGCCCGGGACCUCGGGGCGCCCAUGACGGCGGCCGCCACGGUGCUCAAGGAGGGCGUGCUGGAGAAGCGCAGCGGCGGGCUGCUGCAGCUGUGGAAGCGCAAGCGCUGUGUGCUCACCGAGCGCGGGCUGCAGCUCUUUGAGGCCAAGGGCUCCGGCGGCCGGCCCAAGGAGCUCAGCUUCGCUCGCAUCAAGGCCGUGGAAUGCGUGGAGAGCACCGGACGCCACAUCUACUUCACGCUGGUGACAGAGGGCGGUGGCGAGAUCGACUUCCGCUGUCCCCUCGAGGACCCUGGCUGGAACGCCCAGAUCACUCUGGGCCUGGUCAAGUUCAAGAACCAGCAGGCCAUCCAGACCGUGCGGGCCCGGCAGAGCCUCGGGACCGGGACCCUCGUGUCCUAAAGGGCCUGGCCUCCCAUCUUACCUUCAGGCUGCCCACCCACGAGGUGCACAGAGCCCACUCCAGCUUCCUUGCCCCUUUUGGCUCAUGGGGGCCUGACUGUGCCUGAGGUGGUGAGGCAGAAGCAGUGGACACAUGUGGAGGACAUGUUGGAGCUGAAGGAGUGGACUGGCCCACAAGGGGCUGAGGAUGAAGAUUCAGCCCCUGGACACUUUCAGACUCUCAGGACAUAGCCAGCUCAGGGCCUCGAAGCCCCUGGCCUGGCCUCGGGCGUCGUGAUGGAGAGCCGGCACCAGAGCCCCGCCCCGUGCCAGCCCUGCCAUCUGUUACACGCAGACUGCUGUUAGGCCCCGGCUUGGUGCCUGCCAGGAGGAGCGUCAUCCCCAUGGGGUUUAAGCCAGCGCCUCAGGAUUUGGGUGGGGGGCAACUUGGUACUCAGAGGAGGAACCACCCUGGACUCAUCAUGGCCAGGGGAGCUGAUGGGCCUGAUGCCCGCACUUGGGGGUCUCCUGCUGCUUAGGUCCUUCUGGGACCCCCACCCAUCCAGGCCCUCUCUUUGCACACUUGUUCCUCCACCUCCUGCCCAUCUUCCCUCCACUGUGGUGCCAGGCCUGGAGGUGGUGGGGUCUGGUGGGGGUUUGGCCAUUACCAUUUCAUACCUAUCCCAAAAUGAAGUUUCCUUGCCAAGGGCAGUGACCACA